AGCUUACUGCAGCAGCACACUUACCGGCUGACGACGUCUAAUAAGUGCACAAUAAUAAUAAUAAUAAUAAUAUCAGUGGUUUUAACUGUACGUAUGUAUUGUUGUUUCUUUUAUCUAUGGUCUCAACUACAGCUCUCAACGGUCUGUAGUGUUUGUGCUCUACGAGUUCCGCACGUCGCGUAGUGUUAUUUGUUGCGUCUUCGUAUUAGUUGUCAGUGAUCGUCACUCGCCUAUCACAGUAUCACGUAUUAAUUCAUUAUAGAUAAUAAUAAGUCAACGUCUAUUCCGCCUCGAACAACGAUUUUUUAUUAAUAAAAUUCUCGAUUCUUUCCACCUACGUUAAUAAAUCAUAUAAUUGACGCACGCCUAUCUCCUCUCGGAACAGGUAAAGAGCUGUAGAUACGACCCCACGAUUAUUUCUCUCCGACGUUGUACGUGUAGGGCGUUAUCGACAACGUGCCGUUUGGCUGUUUCCGGAAAAUAAUUUUAUUCGUAACGGUUGAACAUUUUAAUAAACUAGUUCGAUGUUGACUGUUUAUACUCUGACGAGUGGUCACACGGCGUCUUAGCGUUUGGCCAACGUUUUUGCACAAGUUGACGUUCAAGGGAUCGAUAUGGAAUCGUCGAGGUAACGAUUUUCCUUUCGACAAAUCAUUGCCAUGUCCUCAGUUUCCGUCAUGGACACCCUGUCCUUCACCGUUCUCUCGGUGAUAUUUAUCCCGUUUCUCCUUUUCUUCCUCAGCAUUGUUCUAUUGGCUUAUAUCGGCAAGACGCUAGGAGUACAACAGAUUUACGUGGACUUCUUACUUAAAGUAUUUGAGUAUGGACGAGAAAAUCUAGAAAAACAAUCGAAAAAAAAAACUAAAAGAAUUGAAGAAACUGAUAGUGAAGAAAAUGAUGAUGUUGAUGAACUGGAUUUGGUGACUGAACUUGACGCGGAUACAUUAAAUGAAUCUACAACACAUUCAGUGUUAAUAAGUUCAAAUGGAUCUAUCUCUCGGAGUAACUCGAAUCAUAGUCUAUCUAAUGGAAAUGUUGACAAGAAAAUACAAAACGGAGCUCCUCCUUUAAUAAGCAGACAAGAUUUAAUACUAGUUCCAGAUCCAGAUCAAAAUUAUAAUGGCAAUAAUAAUGUUAAAACUGAAGGAGGUAAACAAAUAUUACAAAGAACUCGUUCAUUUAAUACAUUAAAACGGGAAUUUGAACUUGCUGAUGUACUUGAUUAUGUAAAAACUGGUGUCGAAGCAAUUAUAGAAGAUCAAGUUACUUCACGAUUUGAAGCAGAAGAACUUAAGUCUUGGAAUUUGUUAACAAGGACAAAUAGACAUUAUGAGUUCAUCAAUUGGAAAAUAACUGUUAUUUGGAUUAUUGGAUUUAUUGUAAGAUAUACAUUUUUGUUGCCGUUGCGUGUGUUGAUUUGUUUCUUUGGAGUUAUGUGGCUGUGGAUUUGUACAUUAAUUGUUGGUUUUGUGCCUGAUAGUUUGGGUAAACGUUGGCUGAACCAAAAUUUAUCCAUUAUGUGUUUUCAAGUUUUAUCUGCUUCAUUAUCUUCAGUCAUCACUUAUCAUAAUCGCGAGAACUUACCAAAGCGAGGCAUUUGUGUUGCCAACCAUACAUCUCCGGUUGACGUACUUGUGUUGGCAUGCGAUAACCCUUAUGCUCUGAUUGGUCAGCGUCAUGGUGGAUUUUUAGGAAUCCUUCAAAGAGCAUUAGCCAGAGCUUCUCCUCAUUUAUGGUUUGAACGGUCGGAAGCCAAAGACAGAGAAAUUGUUGCAAUGAGACUUCGGGAACAUGUUUCCAAUCCAAUUAAUCCUCCAAUACUAGUAUUUCCUGAAGGAACGUGCAUCAACAACACAUCUGUUAUGCAAUUCAAAAAAGGAAGUUUUGAAGUUGGCAGUGUUAUAUACCCUGUAGCUAUUAAGUAUGAUCCAAGGUUUGGAGAUGCAUUUUGGAAUAGUAGUAAAUAUUCAAUGCUUCAACACCUUUAUUUAAUGAUGACAUCUUGGGCCAUUGUUUGUGAUGUAUGGUACUUGCCUCCAAUGUACCAAAAUGAAAAUGAAUCGGGUGCUGAUUUUGCAAAUCGAGUAAAACGAGUAAUUGCUGAUCAAGGCGGUCUUGUUGACCUAGUAUGGGAUGGUCAACUUAAACGUUACAAACCGAAAAAAGAAUGGAAAGAAAGACAACAAGAAGAAUUCAGUAAACGAUUAAAAGUUGAAUAGCACAAGAUGAUACUAUUUUUGUUUAAUACAUAUUGAUUUUAUAACAACACAAAAUGAGAUUGCUUAAACACGUCAUGACAUAAAUGAAAUGACUCAAUCCAUAAGAACAAAAACUAGUCGUACAUUAAAUCACCAUUUUAUUUUUUUAUUUAAUAUUUAUUUUAGGGUUAAAUUAUAGAGUAGAUAUUAAAUGAAAAUUAUAAAUUUUUUAAUUGUCUAAACAUUUUGUGAAUUGUAAUAUUGAUUUUGGUGGCAGUCGAUAAAAUAUGGAUUUCUAUCUGUGAUUUAAGUAAGCCUUUGAAUAAGAUUUUUAAUUAUUAAAAAUAUCUAAAAUUUGGAUGUUUACUAACGUUGAGUUUACAAAUAGGUUCCAAUUUUAUUUCUUAUUGCUAUAUUUAUAAAAUGUUGCUUAAAAUUAUCCAACAUAUACUUACUUAGAUAUUUAUGUUAAUCAUAUGAUUAAUUAAGUUAGUUCCUUAUUGGUUCGUUUUUACGAAUUAUUAAAUUAUAUAUACCAAAACAUACACCAAUAUAUUUUUUAUUAAA